AUGUCUCGAGAGAGGCCCCCCCGCACCGACAUCCCCCGCAACCUCAGCUUCAUAGCGGCGUUGAGCGAGCGCGCCUACUACCGCAGCCAGCGGCCCAGCCUGGAGGAGGAGCCGCAGCCCGAGGAGGAGGAGCCGGAGCUCCGCGAGGGGGGCGGGGCACGCCUCAGGCCUCGCUCCCGCGCCUUAGCCCCCGGGCGAGGCCGGCGGGCCCGUUCUGCCCCCGCCGGAGGGGGCGCCCGGGCCCCGCGCAGCCGCAGCCCGGACACCCGCAAGCGGGUGCGCUUCGCCGACGCGCUGGGGCUGGAGCUGGCAGCCGUCCGCCGCUUCAGCCCCGGGGAGCUCCCUCGCGUGCCCCGCCACGUGCAGAUCCAGCUGCAGCGCGACGCCCUCAGGCACUUCGGGCCCUGCCCCCCCAGAACCCGCAGUCUCCAGGAGGCGCGCGCUGCCCUCGAGCCCGCCCGCGAGCCCGGCUUCGCCGCCCGCCUGCAGGCCCAGCGCAUAUGCCUGGAACGAGCAGAGGCGGGCCCGCUGGGCGUGGCUGGGAGCGCGCGCGUGCUGGACCUGGCCUACGAGAAACGCGUGAGCGUGCGCUGGAGCGCGGACGGUUGGCGCAGCCAGCGCGAAGCUCCCGCCACCUACGCAGGCCCGGCUCCGCCCCCGCCGCGAGCGGAUCGAUUCGCCUUCCGCUUGCCCGCCCCGCCAACCGGAGGCUCCCUGCUUUUCGCCCUGCGCUACCGCGUAACAGGUCUUGAGUUCUGGGACAACAACGGCGGCCGCGACUACGCACUGCGCGGGCCCGACUCCCCCGGCACCGGGAGCGGCAGCGACCCUGAACCCCAGGGCUGGAUUCACUUUAUCUGAGCGCGGAAAGGGAGACACAGACCAGGAGAAACCAAAGGAACAGGGGCUAGAAGGAACCUCAGAGGUCAUCUAGUCCGACCCCUUCAUUUUGGAGACGAGGUACUGACGCUCUCAGAGGUGAAGCACUCGAGGACUCACCAGAAGGAAUGAAGAACUUGCUUGCUGUUCUCCCAGACCCUGAGCCAUUUGCCCUCUUCUGUCCUCAGACCUCCUCUUGGAAGUCUUCCAGAGGAGAGGUGGGAAGAAGGCAAACAGCAGUUUCUUCUUGGUGACCCAGAAGAACCCUGUGUUUCCCCAGAAGAUCCUUGGCCAAAAAUACUCACUCAACAAGCUCCUAGCUUAUUGAUGAAGCCCUUGCCCUCCAUUUUAUUGGAGGUGAUAAUGAGCAGUGAAGUUGCCUGAAGACUGAAUCCACGAUUCUAUCAGCAGCAGAUGAGAGGAAAUUAAAAUGGGCUGAAUGUACACUUGCAUCCUCACCGUGCUCCCACAUCCCAUAACACUAUGCCUCCAGUUCCAGCAUGACAGUAUGCCCCCAACCUCUAUUAUUUUCCCAUUUUGCACCUGAUUCUGGACCACCUGUCUGAACACACCUUUCCUCACUUCUUUUCCAGAUAAAAAAACUUAUUUUUCUAACAAAUAAAAAACAGUUAAA